AUGUCUCAAGCAAAGAUCGAAGAACACAAGAGGGCUGUUACAGCGACUGCAGCCCAGCAAAGUGACAAUAUAGCGCAUGCAUUAGCUGGCGCUGGUGGUGGAAUCCUCUCCAUGAUCUUGACCUACCCCUUAAUCACACUUUCAACAAGGGCGCAAGUUGAAUCUAAACGUGCUCAUUCAACGACGACUGAUGCCAUCCGCCGUAUCGUUCAACGGGAAGGGGUUAGUGGACUGUAUUCAGGUCUUGAGUCAGCGCUUUUUGGCAUCAGCGUAACCAACUUUGUCUAUUAUUACUGGUAUGAAUGGACCCGCUCGGCCUUCGAGAAGGCUGCUGCAAAGGCUGCUCGAGCCUCAACAAAGCUUACAACCGCGGAAUCCAUGAUUGCUGGGGCCAUUGCCGGAAGUGCAACAGUACUGCUCACUAACCCUAUCUGGGUUGUGAAUACCCGGAUGACAGCACGAAAAUCCGAGUCAGACGAACCGGCAUUGCCGGGUGCUGCCAAAAAAACAAAGGCCUCGACGAUCAGCACUCUCCUGGACCUGCUCCGGCAGGAGGGUCCCAAGGCCCUUUUUGCCGGCGUCCUGCCGGCUCUCGUCUUGGUGAUUAACCCCAUCUUACAAUAUACCAUCUUUGAGCAGUUAAAGAACGUAGUGGAACGCCGUAGGCGCAUGACGCCGAAAGAUGCGUUCUACCUUGGUGCUCUAGGCAAGAUCUUGGCCACGUCCAUCACAUACCCCUAUAUAACGGUCAAAAGUCGGAUGCAUGUUGCUAGCAAGGACGGCCCGAAGGAAACUUUGAACGGCAGCUUGAAGAGAAUCAUCAAGGAGGAGGGAUAUGUGGGACUGUAUAAAGGCAAGUUGCGACCUUAA